AUGGACGUGGAACCAGCGGGCAGUGAUGGGUGGCAGGAGUUGGUGAGGGCGAUUCCGUCCGCGGAGGUGUUCCGCAGCGACGAGUUCGGCGCCGUAGCGGAGCGUCUGCGAUCGAGCUGCGAGAAGCUCCACGCGGCGCUAUCGACAUGCAACCGUCUCGACGCGUCCGGGGCGGUGCCCCAGGGCGGCAGCAGUAGCGCGGAGGCGCGCCUGGAGGCUGCGCUGCAACUCGCCCACAGCUCACGCCUGACGGUGCUCGCGCCGCCGUGGUUCACGCCGGGACAGGACCUGCUGUUCUACAAAGGGCCGUACCCGGCGCAGGAGAUGCUAUCCUCGACGCUGUUCGACCUCGACGACAGGGACCGGGCGGCGCGGGCGAAGGCGGCCCGUGCGGCCGCCGCCAGGCAACGGGCUGCGGCACCCAGACAGCAACCUGUGGAGGCGCCCAGCGCGGAGCCGCAGACCCCGUCCGAGACCCCAGAAUCGCCCGUCGAGGAGGAGGCCGCGAAGGAGCCGCAGCCGAGUGCGGUGGACAUCGCGGCGGCGGCGGGCGGCAUGCAGGGCGAGGGCGAGCUCGGCGGGUUUGCGAUGGACAACGACGACGUCAUGGCCAUGGCCAUGGGGGAGUUUUACGAGGGGGAGUCGGGGGGGGAGUCGGACGAGGAGGAAGACAGCGACUCGGACGAGGACUGA